AUGAAACUGCCUCGAGAAAUGAGAACUAGAAACGGGAUGGCUUUCCAGCUGGAGAAAAAGCCGAGCAGAGCUUUGAGUCAUGACGAGGAGAUUUGGGUAAAAGAUUUGCUCGAGAGAAACAUGGAGCAGCACUUUGCACCGUCCACCUGGCCACAAGUGCUUUCUGGCAAGCUGACAGAAGCAGUGGAGCCCGACGCCAUUUAUCUCAUUCUCAAACAGUCAAAGGCCGCCAACAAAGGAACCACUGGCGUACAGGUUGUAGCAGUAGAGAGCAUGGCUGAUUGCACAGUUGAGGCCAGAGGCACUAAGACUUCACAAAUUCGAGACUGCCAGCCUUCCAUACUUCAGAUGCAGGAAGACAGAUUUUCUCAACAACAUCAAAACCCAUCGAAUUCAAGAUCAGCACGCAGUGUCCGGCGGACCACUAAGUUCUUAGAUCAUGGGAUCCGGGGAUGCAUGGGAAAUAGCGGCACGACAGGAGGCAAGCAUGUAGGGUUCAUGCAGUUUCGCAUUGUCGAGGAGAAUGAAAUGGCUUCUCUGUACGUGUAUGAGUUACAAGUGGAGGCUGAAUACCAAGGAAUGGGAAUUGGCAGCAAGCUUAUGAGGAUUGCUGGGCUCAUGGUUAAGAAGUGUGAGCUUGAUGCCAUCUUCUUAACGGUCCAAAAGGAGAAUAAAGAUGCCAGAGCACUCUACAUGGAGAAGCUAGGCCACUGGCCUGAGUCGUGCUGGCCUGUGCCUGGCAUGCCGUUUUCCAAACUCACGGACUUUGCGAGUCGCAAGUACCUGGUGUUUGCAGCGGUGGAGGAGCAGCUCACCAACGCCAAGAUCCAUGUCAUCGAGGCGGCACGGGUGGCAAGAGAGACCAACCGCAUCCUCGUGCUCCCCAAGGGCGGGCACAGCCAUCUGUCACUGGGUCGAUCCAUGCCCAUGUGUGCCUACUGCGACUUGGCUCACCUCAACGCCACCGAGUGGGUCUCCCCCGAGUUCUUCCUCCUCAUAGCCCGGGCUGCCUUUAUCCAACCGUCUGUGGGCUAUCUCUGCAUUGACACGCCUGAACUCGGCCGGCCCUGCUUCGGCACAAAGGAGAUUAUACGAAGCCUGGGGGGGCUGCUGACCCUGGGCAUGGGUCAGCUUCCCUUGCGUACCACCACCGUCAUGCUUCACAUGCCUGCUCGUCCCGACCACAUCCGCUCCCUCGUCCAUGCGUGGGUGGACAAGGACGUGGUGAUCUACUCAAAGAACACGUUUGACCGCUUUGACAGGGCAACAGAUGACGUUGCACACGAAGUCAUACCCUACGCGAAGCAGUGGCACGAUAUGGCUGACAGUAUCGUUUCCAAGCUCACAAAACCCUUCAUUGCCAUCCACUUCCGCUCCGAGUUCAUUGCAUACAACCUGGCAGAGGAGAAGAAGGCUGAGCUAUCAGCUGUGGAUAGGCUGAUGAUUUUGGGAAAGCGCAUGGAGCGAUGCACGCGAGCAGCGGCACAGUUGAUAAAUCGUGUGAAAGCAAAGCGUGGUGCCAGAACUGUUUUUAUAGCCGCUGACAUUCCGUACAACAAAUCGGGAGCAACACCCCGUUCUGAGUCUUGGGGGGGAAUGGCUUGGGCCUACGGGAACGUCUCGCUGACUGAGGUGUCUCACUAUUGGCUGACGUGGCUGCGGGCUAAUAUCAGUGGGACUGUUAUGAUUGACGAGCUGGUGCCAUCGUUUAAUGAUGAAGACCCAGGUGUUGUCGCCAUUGUGGACAAGCUAAUAUGUGCACAGGCUCCAAUCUUUAUGGCGGGCCUUGCAUCGUGUGGUGGUCGUCGAAAUUUUGAAAAAGACAUUCUUCUCCAUCUCGCAAUCCAGCAGAAGCGACCGUUGAGUCGCGACGAGGUGGAGGAGCAGCAGCAGCAGGGGGACGUAGGGUUGGUGUGCACCCGAGCGUGGAAGCAGGGCCUUCUGGCCCGCGUGCCUGGCAGCCACUUCCUCACCCGCGCGUUCAAGAAGGAGCGGGUGUCACUGGGGAGCAUUUCAGCUGGCGUGGACUCGAUUUGCAAUAAGCUCACUGACUUUGCGAAUCGCAAGUACCUGGUGUUUGCAGCGGUGGAGGAGCAGCUCACCAACGCCAAGAUCCAUGUCAUUGAGGCGGCACGGGUGGCAAGAGAGACCAACCGCAUCCUCGUGCUCCCCAAGGGUUCCCACAGCCAUCUGUCGCUGGGUCGGUCCAUGCCCAUGUGUGCCUACUGCGACUUGGCUCACCUCAACGCCACCGAGUGGGUCUCCCCCGAGUUCUUCCUCCUCCUCGCCCGGGCUGCUUUCGUCAAGCCCACCGUCAGCUACCUCUGCGUUGACACGCUCGAGCUUGGUCGGCCCUGCUUCGGCACAACGGAGAUUGCGGGAAGUCUCGGAGCGGUGUUCACUCUAGCCAUGGGGCAUGUACCCACCGGGGCCAACACCAUCUGGCUGCACAUGCCUGCCCGCUUCGACCAGAUCCAGUCGCUGCUCAACGCAUGGAAGCACAGGGACGUGGUGAUAUACGCCAAGAACACAUACGAGCGUUUUGACCGAGAGACAGACGACAUGGCGCAUGUGCUGCUGCCGUAUGCCAGAGAGUGGCACCUCGCUGCCAAGCGAAUUGUGGCUCGCCUGCCCAAGCCCUUCAUUGGAGUGCAUUAUCGAUCUGAGUUCAUUGCCUUCAGACUGGCAGGUGAAAACAGAACCGACAUCCCAGUCGAAGAGAGGCUGAAGAUUCUCAAGGAUCGCACCAGAUGGUGCACCAGGGAAGCUGCCCAGAAAAUAAACAAAGUGAAAAAGAGGCUUAACGCAUCGACCGUCUUUCUCGCAGCCGAUAUUCCGUACAAUCAGUCCGGUGCUACGCCUCGGUCCGAGUCAUGGGAUGCGCUGAAAUGGGCUUUUGGAGAUAAUAAUGUGUCGGACGUGCCUCAUUAUUACCUGUCCUGGUUGCGCAAGAAAGUGAAAGGGACUGUCAUGAUUGACGAGCUUAUGCCAUCGGCAAACAACCUCGACCCAGGUAUCGUGGCCAUUUUAGACAAGCUGAUUUGUGCUCGGUCAAGCAUCUUCCUUGCUGGCUCCAUAUCUUGUGGAGAGGUUACACUGAUAUCGAAUGCGUUCAACGCGUGGUUCAAGCAAUUUGUGGACCAUUUCGAGGUUCUGUCAUAUUCUCACAUAAUGGCCGCUUCAACGCUCUCCGCGUCCGUUGCUCAGGCCGCCGUUGCCCUUCAAUGCAAUGGCAGCAGCACAGCAUCCGUUCGUGCCGAACGGAUCUCCUCAGCAGCGGCUCUUUUCCCCUCCAGAGUCACUGGUCUGUCUGCCAGCAGCCACGUGUCUCGCAGCGCGCGCACGCCAGGGCGCGGGGUCACGAGGAGAGCCAAUGGGGUGGCGCCACGUGCGUCCGCUGACGCAGAGGAGCCGGUGACCAUUGACAACUCGACCGUCCUCGUGGUGGGCGGUGGCGGUGUGGGCAUGGAGGUGGUGCGUCAGCUGGCCAAGGCAGGCUCGUGGGUCACUGCCCUGCAGAGGGGGGAGAAGUUCCGCAAGGAGAUUGAAGGGCUGGGAGCCAUGCUGGCUAUUGGUGAUGUGAUGGCGCCUGGAACCAUUGAGAAGGCCUUGAGGGGGAACACGUUUGACGCUGUUGUCUCCACUGUUGGAGGGGGGCUUACAGACAUCAAGGUGGACUCGGAUGGCAACAACAAUGUCAUUGCAGCAGCGGAGAAGGCCGGUGUUCCUCGCUUUGUCCUUGUGUCGAGCAUAGGAGCAGGCGACAGCAAGGCAGCGGUGCCAGGCAAGGAGAUGGACGUGCUGGGGCCGGUGCUGGCUGAGAAGGAGAAGAGCGAGGAGCGGCUCAAGGCGAGCGAUAAGCUCAAGUGGACUAUUGUGCGCCCAGGAGGGCUCCUCUCAGAUGCGGCCACCGGCACGGGCAUUCUCACAGAGGACAGCAGCGUGGUGGGGGUCAUCUCCCGUGCUGACGUGGCACAACUGAUUUUGCGCAUUCUCUUUGAGGUGAAGGCCGAGGGGAAGGUGUUCUCUGCCAUUGAUGCGCAAAAGAAAUUCCCUGGAGCACCCGAGAAGGAAAUUGUUGAGUUUAAGGUCAUCCCCCCGGCCUUCUUGCCAUUCUCCGCAUUCUCCCUCUCUCUCGCCCCUUCCCCUUUCCCCCAGAUUGACGAAGUCUGCGAAUCGCUGGCGGCCAUUCCGCAGCUGGCGCGCGGAUUCAACGCCAUCGGGAUCAGCCAGAGCGGGUUGCUCUUCCGCGCGUACGUGCAGCGCUGCAACGCGCCCCCCGUGCUCCUUUCACUUAUUAUUCGCCCCUUCCCCCCUUUCCCCACUCCCUCCACCCCCGGGCCUUCUUGCCCCUCUAUAUUCCAUCCGUCGUCCCAGAUCGACGAGGUCUGCGCGUCGCUGGCCGCGAUUCCGCAACUCGCGGGGGGGUUCAAUGCCAUCGGGAUCAGCCAAGGCGGGUUGCUCUUCCGCGCAUACGUGCAGCGCUGCAACUCGCCCCCCGUGCGCACGCUCAUCACGCUCGGCUCCCCGCACGCGGGGAUGGCGGCGCUGCCUUACUGCGGCCCGAGCGAUUCGAGCAGGGAGAAUAAUGCGGAGAUUAAAGAGGAGCUGAAUCCUGCUGGGUGUAAUCGGGGUGGAGAUGAUGGUGACGUGGCGGCGAAUGCCACGUGUAACGCCAGCGUGGCAGCGGACUGGGAGGGGGAAAGCACGUGGCGGGAGGAGCAGGGGGCGGAAUCGGGCGGACUUAGUAGUUUAGGCGGCGUUGGCGAAUCUGCGUUAAGAGUGCUUGCAUCUAGCAGCAACGGCCUUAGCGGCUUUAGCGGCGGUUUGAGCGGGCUCAGCAGCGGCUCGAGUAGCCUAAGCGGCUUUAGCAGCGGUUUAAUCAGCUUUAGCGGAGGUAUCAGUGGCGGAAGCUUCGCUGGAAGCAGCGAGAUUGCAGGGAGUGUGACUUGGGCGGUGCUUAGCGGUCUAGGGACGGCAAUAGACUUCUGUACACUUUUAAAACCGCACAUGCAUCGAAUUUACCUGCCCUGGGUGCAAAAGUUUUUUAUGCCCGCGCAGUACUUUCGGCUCUGGCGGCACAUGGAUCGGUAUUUGCAGCGGAGCGCGUUUCUCGCGGAUAUCAACAACGAGCGCGGCCCGACGAGACGGAAUGAGACGUACGCCGCGAACGUACGGAGCUUGGAGCAGUUCGUGCUGGUGCGAUGGGAAGAUGAAACGAUGAUCUCGCCUCCCCAGUCAUCGUGGUUCGGGUCGCAUGACCGCUCGGGCAAUCUGCUUCCGUUACAAGAGCAGCCAAUGUAUUUCGAGGAUUGGCUGGGGUUGCGCACCCUGCACGAGAGGAAAAAGCUACACUUCACCACCAUGCCUGGCUCUCAUGGCAUCAUCAACCCCUCGCUCUUUGCUCGUGAGUUCGUUUCCAAGUAUCUCGUCCCCGAGCCAGCCGUGGCAGUUGCGUGA